AUGGCUGAACGACGCGUUUUGUUAAAGAAACACACGGGAACGUUUUAUCGAAAAUAUAAAACAACUCUUCAGCGCAUUCGGAAUGAGGAAAAAACGGAUAUUGAUCUGCCUGACCCUCGCCUCAAUGUGUCUGGCACAAUGCCUAACAUCGGGAGUAAUGAGAUGAAUAAUAAUUCGGAUACGGUGUCCGACCCUCCCAUCAAAAAUGAUGAGAUCAACGAAAAUUGGGACCUAUCAGAAUGUUUAAAAUAUUGGGUUCUAAAAAACAAUGCUCCUCACAAAACGCUAGAUGAGCUCCUUUCUAUAUUCAAAAACAAAAAAACGUUUAAAGGAACAUUGCCAAAAACAGGCAAAACUUUGUUGAAAACUUCUCGAACAGCAACUAGCACGAUUAUACCAAUGGAUGAUGGCAAGUUUUGGUACAAUACUUUGAAAUGCACUAUUACUUCAUAUUUUUACAGAAAUAUCAAAAAAUCAAUGUCUAUAUCGUUGAACAUAAAUAUAGAUGGAAUGUCUUUAUUUAAUUCAAGCGGAAAGCAAUUCUGGCCAAUAAUGGUAAAUAUUCAUGAGAAGCCAUCGAUGAAUCCCAUCCCGAUCGCUCUAUUUUUUGGUGAUAGCAAACCAGCGAAUCUCGAUUCAUUUCUCAAUCCGCUAGUUGACGAAUUGAUAGAGAUCAUGGUUGAAGAUAUCGUUAUUAAUGAGCAACAGGUGGAUAUAAAGGCUCGGGCAUUUAUUUGCGAUUCUCCUGCUCGUGCCUUUAUAAAAGAUAAUCAAUUGCGCAUGUUUCAUGAGCAUCAGUAA